UUUUUUUUUAUUUUUUCCCCUUCUUGCCUCUGUCCUGCAUUCUGGCUGUGUGAGUGCUCCCAGGGUGCGGUUUCACCCGCUCCUCCCUCCCUCCAUGGGAGCCUGGGGGUUAGACAUGGAUGCUGGCUAGAUCGGACUCAGUGGUUCUCCAAGAGGAGUCCCCGCGGCAGUGCCUUUCCUCACUGCGGGCCGUGUGCCUCCUCACAGUGGAGCAUAGUUUUCACAGAACAAAACUGGUUGCUAAUGGUGUUUGCUUAUCCCGAGCUACUGCUGCUUCCCGACCUGCUGAAGUUCGAUUUCUCAUCUUGCCCAGCACCUGGAAGGGAUUGGAACCUCCUUUGGUGAUUGAGUGGGAAAGCGUUUGAAGGGGAAUGACAGGCAGGUUUGGGAGAGAAGAGUUGGGGCAGGGAAUGGGGACAGAGCCACCCAAGGGUGUGCCGUGCCAGGGUGAGGCUCGAAGGCCAGGGUAGGAUAGCCCUGUUACCACUACACCAGUCCUAGCCAGGACUGCAGGAUCCCCUCGCCUGACUGAUGUGUCCCAACCCCAGCCCCUGUGUCCCCACCACCGGCCCCUCCCUCCCUGACCCUUGUUUCUCAGCUCUCUCCCCAGGGGGUCCAGACCAGCUGCUCAGGGCAGGAAUGAACCUUAGAAUCUCUCCCUAACCUUCUCUUCUCCCGUACCCCAUCCAGCCUACCACAGGCCCUGUCUGUUCCACCUGCCAGAACCCAACUCACCCUACAAGUGCCCACACUCUCUGCCCUCUCCCUGGCUAAUCACACAGCCCACUCGCUGUCCCUGGUCCCCAAACUGAACCUGCUGACGUUAUUCCCCCUGCGGCUGCCAGUCACCUCUUAAGUGUGUUCCUAGUUCCCAGGCACUGGAAACAUCCCCAAGUACAAAACCAGCCCUUGUCUGGCUCAGGCCAUAUGUAGUUCGAUCGUGGCAUGAUUGCACUAAACUGCUGUGACGGCCCAAAAGUCCUCCUCGGAGCUCUCCUGAGGGAUCGGCUUCCCGCCCCCCUCUGGCCCCCUUCCCCUCCUGCUGCCCACAGGCCUGACAGCCAUCUUCCAGGUUAUAUGUUUCUGUACCUGCGUGUUUGUGUCUCCCCUGCUGGAAUUUGCUUGCUCCCUGCCCCAUUCAAGCACCUCCAACUGUUCUGGGCACCCAGUGGGCUCAGGAUUUGAAGACUGGGUAAGUAAGGUCAGUCACAUUCCCAGGACUGGGAAAUCAGGUGACACCAGUGCCUCAGCUCAGUAAUCUCUGAGCAGCUCACCCGAAGGGAGUUUCAAGGAGCCAGGCAUCAGGGCAUCAGAGUGGAGCAGUGGGACUUGGGUUCUAGACCCUUCCUUCCCCUCUCCUCCCCCUGAAAGUUUUGAUUGGGGGUGGCAAGCCUAGGGCUUCUCCUGGCUUUUAUACUCCUCACUCAAGAUGGUCAUAUUUCUUGACGUUUGGACUUGCCGAAAGAUAGACCCGGUUGGAAGCAGAGCCUGACUCUGCUUGAUAAAAAGCUGAUUUUCCACCCCUGACGUUAUUCACUCCAUUGUUCGUACUUUAAAGUCUUGGAGCGCUUUACUGCCUGUUCUCCGUCCACCCCUGGCUCAAAAUCCGCUGCCCAAUUCCCCUUGCCUUCAUUUGGAAGGAUGUGUGUAUGAUGGGGAAGGGAGGGGCGGCAGCCCCCCAACCCUCGCCCUGCCUCCUUCAGGCAUCUGUUUUCGUGGCCCCUUGAUGCCACGUGCUCAAGGCUUCAGGGGAAAGUUACAAGGUAGCAACAUUACCUUUUUACAAUUUGAGCUUCAAGUCCAUUCCCUCUGUACCCUGCUAAGGGCAAAGCCUACCUAGAAACAGGCACUUCAUGGGGGCCGGGAGGGGGACAGGGAUGAAAGACAUGGCUUUGCAUGAUGCUUUCUCCUAACAGAUCUGUUUCCAUCAGAGCCCUGCUGCCUGGCUUCCCAAACUUUCCCUCCUCCUCCCCCAUUCUGCAGAGCCUUUGUAGACAUUGUUUUCCAUGGACGUUAACAGCACAGGUGUGCUGUGUGUCUGCGUAAGGGCGUCUUGCUUCGGCAUCGUCCGAUGGUCUGGGCACGGAAGUGAGGAAAGCUGGAAUGCCCCCGCGCUGGGACUGAAGUGGAGGGAGCACACCGGGCUCCCCGUGUGUGGGGACUGCAGGGAGCCCCGAGAGCUGCCUGCGGCAGGAAGGCACAUGCUGGCGCGCUCCCUGGAAACGGUGCAGACAAAAGGAAGUCCAGCAGGAGCCCCGAGCUGGUGAUGUUGCUGGAGUGGUGGUCGGGCACGGAGUGCGUCAUCCACACAGACCCCCAGGCCUACCCCAAGUAUGGAAAGGAAAAUGCCAUCGUGGUUCUGAACCACAAGUUUGAGAUUGACUUUCUCUGUGGUUGGAGCCUGGCCGAACGCUUUGGGGUGUUAGGGGGCUCCAAAGUCCUGGCCAAGAAGGAGCUGGCCUACGUCCCGAUCAUUGGCUGGAUGUGGUACUUCACGGAGAUGGUCUUCUGCACGCGCAAGUGGGAGCAGGACCGCAAGACCGUCUCACAGAGCUUGCUGCACCUCCGGGAUUACCCCGAGAAGUACUUUUUCCUGAUUCACUGUGAGGGCACUCGGUUCACGGAGAAGAAGCACCAGAUCAGCAUGCAGGUGGCCCAAGCCAAGGGGCUGCCCAGCCUCAAGUACCACCUGCUGCCUCGCACCAAAGGCUUCGCCAUCACCGUGAGGAGUUUGAGAAAUGUAGUUUCAGCUGUAUAUGACUGUACACUCAAUUUCAGAAAUAAUGAAAAUCCAACACUGUUGGGGGUCCUAAAUGGAAAGAAAUAUCACGCCGAUUUAUAUGUCAGGCGGAUCCCUCUAGAAGAAGUCCCAGAAGACGAGGACGAGUGUUCAGCCUGGCUCCACAAGCUCUACCAGGAGAAGGAUGCCUUCCAGGAGGAGUACCACAGGACGGGCACCUUCCCGGAGACAGCCAUGGUGCCCCCCCGGCGGCCCUGGACGCUCCUCAACUGGUUGUUCUGGGCCUCCCUCCUGCUCUACCCCUUCUUCCGGUUCCUCGUCAACAUGGUCAGCAGCGGGUCCUCCCUCACCCUGGCCAGCUUCGUCCUCGUCUUCUUUGUGGCUUCUAUGGGAGUUCGAUGGAUGAUUGGUGUGACCGAAAUCGACAAGGGCUCUGCCUACGGCAACAUCGACAGCAAGCAGAAACGGAGCGACUGACCCCAGACACAUUAGCGCCCAGAGGGGCCCUUGGGGACUGGUGGACGCUGCCAGCCAUCCUUAGUGGGACCCGGGGACGAAGCGGGGUGAGCCCCUGCUGGGAAGGCAGGGCGUUUUGUCUCGAUGCCAGAUGGGGAGGAAGAUGUUCUUAAAUCUUUUGUCCCCCCAUAAUGCUUUAGUGGGUUUUGAUUUUCUUUUCGUGUGAGCGUGUGUGUGUGUGUUUGUGUGAGUGUAUGCGAGUGAGUGUAAGGGAGAGGACACAUAUAAGUGAGAAUGGUGUGCGGCUGAGUGUGAGCCUUAUUCUAUCAUCAUUCGGAGGGGAUCUGAGGCACAGGGGGAGGGCAGGGACGGGGAACGGAGGGUUCCCCUUCAUUCUUCGGUGCUGAGUUUUCUGUACUGGAUUGCAAAAGAGUGGAAGGCGCUUUAGGUAAGAUGACUAAAUUAUGCCUCCAAAAAACCAUUAAAGUGUUUGGCUCCCUGUGCUAUGUGUUUCCACAGACUGCUCCGUGCCUACACUCCACCCUCUGCCGUGGUUCUGGGGUUCCAGACGGCAAUGACCCAACAGCACUGCCUGGGGGGUAGCAGGAUGGACUCAGCACGCAGGGGGCAGCUGGAGGGGGCCCUCCUGGCCGCUGACACAGGUGCAGGCACGGGGCAGGGAGGUGGU